AUAGUACAAUGUUGUUGUUCCAAAUCUUCCGAUGUCCGUGGCUUUUAAUAACCGUCCUUGUGCCGUGUUAUGGCAGCCUAAAACCGGGCUUCUCUCAACUUCAGCGAGGACACAGAUUGGACAGGAAACUGAUCCAGUCAUUUACAGAAGUCAGUUUCUUGGACUGUGUGACGGAAUGUAUGGUGACACCACGGUGUAAAUCAGUCAACUAUUUCAAAGGGGCUAAUUACUGUGAAAUCAAUUACGAAAAUAAGACGACAGCGGAGACUAACUACAUGGACAGUGCUGGAUGGGUAUACAGUGAAAGGGGGCACUGGCCUAAGGAGCUGGCUGGAGCUUGUUCGAACUCAACCUGUGAAAUCAACCAGACAUGUAAACACAAGAGAUAUUCCGAGCAAAAUUUUUUUGAAUGUGUUUUGUCAGAUUGUGGAAUACCUGAUCAAAAAGGAAUAAACUUGAAUACAACACGACGUGAGGACGCCAUUGGUAUACGCAGGAGGAUACACGCCUCGUGUUCUGACGGAUACUCCCAGUCUGGUUCAGGACGGCUGAACUGUCAGUCAAACGGAGAGUGGAAAUACAACAUUGUCUGUACAGAUAUUGAUGAAUGUCUGAACAAUCCAUGUCAGAAUGGAGGAACAUGCAGUAACAACAAUGGAUCUUUCACUUGUAUGUGUGCACAUGGUUGGAGAGGGACACUUUGUAAUGAAGAUGUUGAUGAAUGCCAGAGUGAUCCUUGCCUCAAUGGAGCCACAUGUAUAAACACACCCGGCUCAUUCAACUGUACAUGUGACGCCGGAUGGACCGGGAAAAUUUGUGAUGAAGAUAUCAAUGAAUGUCUUGACAAUCCAUGUCAAAACGGAGGAACAUGCAGCAACAGCGAUGGAUCUUUCACGUGUACAUGCGCAGGUGGAUUCACAGGGGCACUCUGUAAUGAAGAUAUCAAUGAAUGUCUUGACAAUCCAUGUCAAAACGGAGGAACAUGCAGCAACAGCGAUGGAUCUUUCACGUGUACAUGCGCAGGUGGAUUCACAGGGGCACUCUGUAAUGAAGAUAUCAAUGAAUGUCUUGACAAUCCAUGUCAAAACGGAGGAACAUGCAGCAACAGCGAUGGAUCUUUCACGUGUACAUGCGCAGGUGGAUUCACAGGGGCACUCUGUAAUGAAGAUAUCAAUGAAUGUCUUGACAAUCCAUGUCAAAACGGAGGAACAUGCAGCAACAGCGAUGGAUCUUUCACGUGUACAUGCGCAGGUGGAUUCACAGGGGCACUCUGUAAUGAAGAUAUCAAUGAAUGUCUUGACAAUCCAUGUCAAAACGGAGGAACAUGCAGCAACAGCGAUGGAUCUUUCACGUGUACAUGCGCAGGUGGAUUCACAGGGGCACUCUGUAAUGAAGUUCUGCCGAACAUCGCAUUAGGUAAACCUACCACACAGUCAACAACAUUUAAUGACUAUAUCGCCUUGUAUGCAGUGGAUGGCAACAGAGGAACAGAUAUUUUUGUAGACAAGUGUGCAGAGACAGGUAUUGGCGACAGAAAUCCCUGGUGGAGGGUGGAUCUGCAGGCUGUGUACAACAUCACAUCUGUCAGAAUACUCAACAUAGAUGAUGGAGGUUUGUCAGACCGGCUGCAUGAUGUUACCGUCACUGUAGGACUGAAAGAAACAGACGUCAACACUACCUGUGGUUUCUUUGCUGGUCCCGGUACUGCGUCACAGCUGGUCGUCAUCGACUGUCCGACAUUACCUCAGGGGAGAUUCGUUAAGAUCUCAAAGACAACUAAGAUACUCAUUCUUUGUGAAGUUGAUGUGUUUGGCGUCCCUGUCUGAUAUUCAUUAAAGCCGAUGACUAGGCUGAAAUUUUCCCGACUUCAGAUACAUGUAUAUUUUUUUUGGCAUCUUGAGGAAAUAAUUAUCUGGUCUUAUUUAAUGUGACUUUACAAAUCGCUUCAAGUUAAAAUUCUAUAUCUGUUGCCCUAUUUAUCCCUAAAUAUGUUUUUGCUUUUAAUGUUACAUGUCUGACUUUUAUUUAUAAUGCUUCUUACAUUGGAUAUAACU